AUGAGAGCUUCUGGUGCCAUAAGUAACAGAGAACCACAUCGAAUUGCCACGAGUAAAUCUAAUAGUCUCAUGGGACUGUCGAGCCGUCAUCAGGCUAGUCGCGAUAGCUUUUCACCUCCUCGCGAAAAUACAAAGCAAAAACCACCACCAGUACCAGAAGUGAAGAAACCAAAACUUGCGCCAGCGGUGGAUUUCAGCACGCUAAUGAAAGCAGCGCAAGACAUUGCAGAAGGAAAGAAAACCAAUAUUGAUCUUGAUCGAACGCAACCCAAAAAGCCCUCAGUUGAUCAAAGGUUGGUAAAGGACCAUGACAUUUUUUGGAGUUCUGUGUAACG